CAUUUUUAUCCGACGCAAAUGCAGAUCGUGCUUUGAGCAUCGGAUCCGAUAUCAAAAACAUACCUGCGGAGGAUGAACUUAAUGCCUGGUUGGCUGCUGCUUCUAUCCAUCUCUGCUGGGGUCUGGUCAGUGCCUAUUGAUCGCAAUGGAGACAACCAGGAAGCUAAAGAGGAAGUGCCAGAGGAGAAUGGGGACACUGGCCUGUACUACGACAGGUAUCUCAGAGAGGUGAUCGAGGUUUUGGAGACAGACCCUCACUUCAGGGAGAAACUGCAAACAGCAAACACAGAGGACAUCAAGAGUGGGCGUCUCAGUAAAGAGCUGGACCUGGUCAGUCAUCAUGUGAGGACUCGCCUGGACGAGCUGAAGCGUCAGGAGGUUUCCCGCCUCAGGAUGCUGCUCAAAGCCAAACUGGACAGCACCAACACACAGAGUCUGCAGAUGGACCACGCCUCUCUGCUCAAGCAGUUUGAACAUCUGGAUCCCCACAAUCAAAACACCUUUGAGGCCAAAGACCUCGAGCUGCUAAUCUCCACGGCCACCAAAGACCUGGAGAACUACGACGCAGAGAGGCACGAGGAGUUCAAACGCUACGAGAUGCUGAAGGAGCACGAGAGACGGGAGUACCUGAAGGGCCUGGACCAGGAGAAGAGGGAGAGAGAGGAGAAGAGAAUGCAGGAGAUGAAGGACAAACACCGCCAGCACCCCAAAGUUAAUGCUCCGGGUAGUGUCGCUCAGCUACGGGAAGUUUGGGAGGAGACAGACGGACUGGAUCCUCAGGAGUUCAACCCCAAAACAUUUUUUAAACUGCACGAUACAAAUGAAGAUGGUGUUUUAGAUGAGCAGGAACUGGAGGCUCUCUUCACUAAAGAGCUGGAGAAGGUCUACGACCCAAAGAACGAGGAGGACGAUAUGAUGGAGAUGGAGGAAGAGAGGCUGCGGAUGAGGGAGCAUGUCAUGAAGAAUGUGGACACAAAUAAAGAUCGUCUCGUCAGCCUGGAAGAGUUCCUUAAAUCCACCGAGAAGAAGGAGUUCAGUAAUCCCAAAGAGUGGGAGACUCUGGAAACCAAGCCGGUGUACACAGAGGAAGAGCUGCAGCGAUUUGAGGCUGAACUCAGAGACAAAGAGGAGGAGCUGAAGAGGAAGGCAGAGAAUCUGCGUCAGCAGCAGGAACUGCUGAAGGAGAGAGGCAAAGCCCUGGAGGCCCAGAGGAGAGAGUACCAGCAGGCAGUGUUAGAGAUGUCCCAGAGACAGAAGGAACAGCAGGCGGCAGAUGGGCAGCCUCCUGCGGGUCCUAAUGGAGAACUCCAGUUCCAACCAGAGGCACAAAAAGUGGAAGAUAAAGAGGCAAAAGUCCCAGCUGAGCACCAAGCCGAGGCCCAGAAUAAUCUGCCCGCAGAGCCUCCACAGAAUCUGCCUUUACACACUUAACGCAGCACGCUCUGACAGCCUUAACACACACACGCACGCACGCACGCAUACACACACACACACACACACACACACACACACACACACACGCUCACUCCGAUUUGCACUGACACAGAUAGCCAGAUGGGUUCCACAAGCUAAAUAACGUGAACUGUGUGUAUACAUUCAGACAGACUUGACUUCAUGAAUCAUGACAUAUUGUACUGUGUGUUCAUCUCUGUGGUCGACAUUAGAUUUAAAGAUCUCUAAAUAACAGUGUAUGUAUUUUCAGGAAUCCUCCGUUUCUGUGAAGUUUUCAUUAAUGCAGGGUCUUCAGUGUAAUAUCACUAACAUCAUCAAAUAAAGUCUUAAUUUAAAGCCUCGAAACCAA